UUUAGGCUGCUUUAUAACACAAUGGUGUUGAAGGGGGAGGCCGACUUAAUUUUUCAUCAGAUAUCAAGCGUUUACUUUGGUAUUUAUGAUGACCAGGAACUUGUUAAGUUAAGCGUUAAAGAAAUAACCAACCCCAUUCCCUUAGAUGACUUGCUUAAUCCUACACAAAAUGGCUUGUAUGAUCCGGCUUUAGGGCCUUUUAACCCUGGAGACAUAUGCAAAACUUGUUUUUUAAGUUAUAUGCAUUGUCCGGGUCACUUUGGUCAUAUUAAGUUGUCGCUUCCUGUUUACAAUCCAGUUUUUUUUAACACAGCCUUUCUGCUUCUUCGAGCUUGCUGUUUUUAUUGCUAUAACUUUAAGGCUAGUAGACUUGAGGUCUACGAACUUCGUUCUCAAUUAUUGUUGCUCCAGUACGGCUUACUCAAAGAGGCCAUUGCCCUACCAUCGCUGUUAGAUAGUUACAUGGACAGCUUGGAAGAAGCGGUUGAUGAAAAUAAUUUGGGGAAGACCCGUAUACACUGCAUAGAUUCACUUUUAAAAAGAGUUUUUAACGAAAAUAACAUUUAUAAAGAAAAUAAAAAUAAGUCUGUCAAUACUAUUCAUAUAAAUGCUUUUAGACAGAAAUUAGUCGCAGAGUUUUUAAAAAAUUCAAGCUUUUCAAAAUGUAAAAACUGCUCUGGCAUUAACCGUGUGCUAAAGAAAAACAAGUCGAGCAAAGUCUAUGUACUUCCCCUAACUCAGAAGGAUCGAAAGAAAAUGCUGGCACAUAAAAUAUUUCUGCUAGAUAAAGAGGCGCCCGACUCAGCUUUUGUUUUGAACCCGAAAGAAAGUAUUUUGCAGGAAGAGACAACACUUCUUUCCGCACACAAUGCUAAAUUAUUGCUGGAGAAAGUGUGGGACACUGAGCAUCCUUUGCUGUGUAAGCUCUUUCGUAAAAGCGUCUUGAGAGCGCAGAGGCGCCUACCGUCAAUGUUUUUCAUCGAAACUUUGGCCGUUUCGCCUCCUCGAUUCAGGCCCAUCUCUCGUUUAGAUGAGAAAAUUUUUGAGAAUCCCCAAACAACCUCUUUAAAAAAAAUAAUUGAGACGAGCAACCAGUUAUUGAAGACUCGUUAUGAAGUUUUUCAGGUCAAUAAAAAAAGACAAACUGAAGGGGCAGAAGAAGGCAAUGAGAAGCCCUUGUUUGAUACGUACCUUUUCCUUUGGAGUAAACUGCAGAAUGCUGUUAACGUGCUAAUUGACAGUUCUUUAAGCAAUACCAGACAAGCGCCUCCUGGAAUUAGACAGCUUUUGGAAAAGAAGGACGGCCUCUUUCGAAAGCACAUGAUGGGAAAACGCGUGAAUUAUGCCUGUCGCUCGGUUAUAUCGCCUGAUCCGUAUAUCGGGACUCACGAGAUUGGGAUCCCCAUGCUCUUCGCCACGGACUUAACCUACCCCCAACCGGUGACAGCAUGGAACAUUAAUGAGCUUAGGCAAUUGGUCAUCAACGGCCCAUUGGUCCAUCCAGGAGCGACUCACCUCAUCACCGAGAAGAAUGCUACCAUCGCACUCGGGAACAUAACUUUAGAGCAGCGGACGGCACUUGCAAACCAAUUACUGACCCCUCCAGAAGACGGAUAUUUCUGUAACGGGUCCAACAAAAAAGUUCUGCGCCACAUCAAGAACGGGGACAUCGUCCUGGUUAACCGGCAGCCAACCCUCCACAAACCCUCCAUCAUGGCUCACACUGUUCGCGUGCUGCCCGGAGAGAAGACCCUGCGUCUGCACUACGCCAAUUGCAACACCUACAACGCCGACUUUGAUGGCGACGAAAUGAACGUGCAUUUUCCUCAAUCUGAGCAUGCUCGCGCCGAGGCGUACUUUAUAGCGAACACUGAUAACCAAUAUUUGGUGCCCACCAGUGGGGCCCCGUUGCGAGGUUUGAUACAAGACCACGUUUGCUCUGGAGCCGUAUUGACUGCACGAAACACUUUUUUUUGUCGAGAGCAGUACCAGCAACUUUUGUAUGCAGCUCUUUCAGAUCAAGAAUCAAAAGUUAAGUUACUCCCGCCUGUGAUAUGGAAACCCCAGCCUUUGUGGACCGGAAAGCUUUUGGUUUCGACUAUUCUACUGAACGUUACCCUGAGAGACCGUGACGAAUAUAUCGGCAUCUGUUUAAAUAGUAUCAGCAAGACACCAGCACAUGUUUGGGGCCCAAACUGUGAAGAGAAUGAAGUUGUUGUGCGAGGCGGAGAAUUGCUGUGCGGGGUUUUGGAUAAAUCACAGUUUGGUGCCUCCUCUUAUGGACUGGUCCACGCCGUUCAGGAGCUGUACGGCGGGGAGGUGGCGGGUGCAUUGCUUACUUCCCUCGGGCGUUUGUUUACGGCUUAUCUUCAGUUUCGUGGCCUUUCUUGCGGUGUUGAGGACUUGGUGCUGACCCGCAAAGCUGAAAAGAAGCGAACUGAAUUUCUCAAAAGGUCGCAUUACAUUGGGAAAGAAGAGCUCGCUAACGUGUCCUGCAAUGCCUCCGUUUUAACCGAGGAGAGAGCUUCAAGAGAAGUCUUACAAGAAAUUUAUCGGAGCAGCGAAAAGAUGGCUGCUUUAGACGCCGCCAUGAAGUCAAGCCUUAAUAAGCUUACGAGUGACGUUAUUUCAAAGUGUCUUCCCGUUGGGCAGCGCAAAUCUUUUCCAGCCAACAACCUCUCCCUCAUGAUUUCAACGGGAGCAAAGGGGAGUUCGGUGAAUUUGAGUCAAAUUUCUUGUCUACUUGGCCAGCAGGAGCUCGAAGGGAGACGUGUCCCAAUCAUGAAGAGUGGGAGAUCUCUACCCUCGUUUCUUCCCUACGACGCAUCCUCUCGGAGCUCCGGCUACGUUGUCAACCGUUUCCUUACUGGCCUGAAACCGCAGGAGUAUUACUUCCACUGCAUGGCUGGUAGGGAGGGUCUUGUGGAUACUGCCGUGAAGACAGCUCGCUCUGGCUACCUCCAAAGGUGCCUCAUUAAGCAUAUGGAAGGGUUGAAGGUUGCCUAUGAUCUUACUGUGCGUGACGGCGACCAAUCCAUUAUUCAGUUUAUAUACGGGGAAGAUGGUAUCGAUGUUUUAAAGACCUCGUAUCUCAACAAUUUCGACUUUAUCAAGAUGAAUGAAUCCUCGAUGCUUGCGAAACUAAACUUUGUGCAAAUGCAAAGAGCAGUAGACACAACUAAAGCUAUAAAGUAUUGGAAAAAAUUGAGAAAGUCCAAGCGUAGUGGCAAUCAGCUUCCACCCGUUUUAUCUGUUUACUCGCCUUCACUUUUUCUGGGAUCUGUUUCGGAGAAGUUUGCAAUUGAUAUGAGAACUUUUAUUUCCCGCGACAAAGAGUGUAAGACCAAGAAAGAAGCCGUUAGUCGCCUUCGGUGGCUGUCUUACGCGAAAUACCGCCAGUGUCUCGUGGAGCCCGGCGAAAGUGUGGGUCUGCUUUCCGCUCAGUCUCUUGGGGAGCCCUCCACCCAGAUGACAUUGAAUACUUUCCAUUUUGCUGGCUUUGGGGCUAUGAACGUGACUUUGGGUAUACCUCGACUGUGUGAGAUCUUAAUGACGGCCAGCCGUAACAUAAAGACCCCGAUGAUGCGCGUUCCCAUAAGAAGCGGCCCUCGUUGCAAGGAGCUGGCGGCUAAUAUCAAGCACAGGCUGAAUAAAAUAACCCUUUCCCAAGUCUUACACAAUGUUGAAAUCGUUGAUUGGAUCUCCGUUGAUAAAGAAACGGGAAUCCAAAAACGCUUCUAUCGUGUAAGACUUAAUUUCGACAAGGACGUGCGGAAGAUACCAAACCUGGAUCUUUGCACUUCCACUCUACUGAAUGUUGUGGAGAACAGAUUUAUCCGCCUUCUACUCACAUUGAUUACAAGAACUUUAAAAAUUAAGUCAUCUUUCGUGCGAGUUAAGAAUGCUGAUCUUCUUGAUAACACCGGCGACUCCAAGGGCGCCGCUGACAACCUCGGAAAUUCGGGGGUUGAUGAGGAUGGCGAAAUUGACAUCGAGGGGGGAUCAGACCACCACAAGGAGCCCUUCACGACUAACCCCAUGCAACUUAAAGAGGAAGGCCUUGGAGACAGCAGUUCAAGCGACCAGGAAGAAGGUAGCACACUCUCUAUUGACAACGACUCGGACAGCUCUGCCAUUUCUGACGAUGACGACAAGGCAGUACAGUUCGCACCCUCUACUCAGGAUUUACCGGAAAGUUUAAACUACGACUCUUCUUUACGCUCGAAGCGGAUCGCUCGCUUGCAUGCAUUAUCUUCGCACAUUUCUGAGUAUGACUAUGACGAAGAUGGCAACUGGGCUGAACUUACCUUGAACUAUCCUGUGAGCACGCGCAAACUCCUGCUUACUUCACUUAUCGAAAGUAUGGCGGACUCUGUGGUUAUUCGUUCUACUUCGGGCAUUAAUCGCUGCGUCGUCAGCGAAACUUCUGUCGAUAAUGUAGACCAGUUACUACUGCAAACAGAAGGUGUGAACAUCCCCGAAAUGUGGAAGUAUUAUAAUAUUUUGGAAAUGAACAAAAUCAUUUGCAACGACAUUCAUCAGAUCCUGGAGGUCUACGGCGUCGAGGCUGCUCGAAUUACAAUUGUUAGAGAAAUUUCCGAAGUUUUUAAAGUUUACGGCAUUAUUGUUAAUGUGCGACACCUCUCCGUUAUAGCGGAUUUAAUGACUUUCGAGGGCGGUUACAAACCAUUUAAUAGAAUGGGCCUCCAAGCUAACACUUCGCCUUUCUUGCGAAUGAGUUUUGAAAGCACAAUGAGUGUUUUGCGGGAAACAGCCUUAACUGGUGAUUGUGACGCAAUCCUCACCCCAUCCUCGAGUUUGGUCGUCGGCAAGCCUGUAGAGUGCGGAACAGGCGCCUUUGAGCUUGUUCAAGCUUUUUGUUAAGGAUCUGAGUUGUCCGGUUAUACAACACAUUUAUUACCGAGUCGCAUAACUAUUACGAAUAAAAACUACGUCUGAGAA